UUCAAUCAAUCUUUUUAUGCAUGCAUGUCAUUGAUUUGAGUAACAGAUGAUAACAUUGUUAAUCAAUUCAAAUUUUUCGUUAUCAUUAUGGAUUUUCUUGAAUAUUCUGAAGCUUUGAAAGAAGAUCGUGGUGAUUUGACUUCGGGUCGAUUGAAAUUGGCCAGUACACAGAUUAUAUUUAAAAAUCAUAAAACUGGUAAAGUAGAUAAUCUUGGAUACAGUGAUAUAAAGAAAAUAUCAUGGCAACGUAUGGCAGGCGGUUAUUGUGUUCGUAUUAUGAUGAACAAUGGUCAAGUAUUUCGAUAUGGUGGCUUCAAAGAACAGGACAAGGAAAAAAUUGAAAAAUUUGCAUCACAAUAUUAUGAUCUACAGCUAGAAAAUGUUGAAUUCUCUGUAAAAGGUUGGAAUUGGGGAACCGCCACUUUCGAAGGAUCGGUAUUGAAUUUUGAUUUAUCAUCAAAAAAAUCGGAUAGAACAGAACGAGCAUUUGAGAUUCCAUUAUCGAAUGUUAGUCAUUGUACAACGGCUAAAAAUGAAGUGACAGUAGAAUUUCAUCAAAAUGAUGAUGCACCGGUAUCGUUGAUGGAAAUGCGUUUCCAUAUACCAUCAGUUGAUGGCACUGAUCCUGUACAAUUGUUUAUGGAUCAAGUAUUGUCCAAUGCAAGCAUUAUUCGUGAAACAGGUGAAUGUAUUGUCAUAUUUAAAGAAUUACAAUGUCUUACACCACGUGGCCGUUAUGAUAUCAAACUAUUUCCAACAUUCAUUCAAUUACAUGGUAAAACAUUUGAUUAUAAAAUUCCCAUCACAUCUGUUCUUCGUUUAUUUCAAUUACCUCAUAAAGAUAGCCGUCAGAUAUUUUUUGUACUUAGUUUAGAUCCACCAAUCAAACAAGGACAGACUAGAUAUCAUUUUCUCAUCUUAUUGUUCAAUAAAGAGGAAAAUAUUUCCGUCAAUCUUGGCUUGACUACACAAGAGAUUGAUGAAAAAUAUGAUGGCAAAUUAUCGAAAACAAUGUCCGGUCCAUUGUAUGAAGUUAUAUCGAAAAUAAUGCGUGCUAUGAUUCAACGGAAAGUAAUUUCACCAGAUCCAUCAUUCUCAAAAGAUAUGCCAGCUAUUACUUGUUCUUAUCGUGCUAGUAAUGGUCUUAUGUAUCCAUUGGAACGUGGUUUCAUCUAUCUUCAUAAGCCACCUGUUCAUAUUCGUUUUGAUGAAAUUUCAUCAGUGAAUUUUGCUCGUUCAGGUGGUUCAACACGUUCAUUUGAUUUUGAAAUCGAAACCAAAUCCGCUAUAGUUCAUACAUUCAGUUCGAUUGAUAAAGAAGAAUAUUCGAAAUUGUAUGAUUUUGUAUCUAAUAAAAAAUUACGAGUGAAAAAUCGUGGUACUGAAACAUUGGAACCUAAAAAUGAAGAUGAACUUAUCGAUUCAGAUAUUGAUGAUGAUGAACCGGAUGCCUAUCUACAACGUGUACGUGAAGAAGGUCGUAUUCGUGAAGAAGUUGGUGAUUCCGAUGAAUCGGAUGAAUCAUUCAAUCCAGGUGAAGAAGGUGAUGAAGUGGCCGAAGAAUUUGAUUCAGAUGCUAGUUCAUCAUCGUCAUCUGAAAAUGAUGAUGAAGGCGGUGGUGGUGGUGUUGGUGGUGGUGCUGAUGGUACUGGCGAUGGUUCGGAUGAUGAUAAGAAACGAAAAAAGAAGAAACAUAAAGAAAAACAUAAACAUCAUAAAAAAGCUAAACAUUCAUCGGAAGGUUCCAAAAAAACAUCCAAGAAAAAGAAAAAAGAUGAUAAUAAACCUAAAAGACCAUUAUCGGCAUUUUUCCUUUGGAUGAAUGAAAAUCGUGAUCGAAUCAAAAAAGAUCAUCCUGAACUUUCAUUGACAGAAGUGUCUAAAAAAGCUGGCGAUCUAUGGAAAGAAAUGACAAAAGAUGAUAAAAGUAAAUAUGAAGAAAUGGCAGCCCGUGCUAAAAAACAAUAUGACAAAGAAAUGCUUGAAUAUAAAGCCAGUGGCGGCGGUGUUGGUGGAACUGACGAUGAUAAACAAAUGAAAAAAUCGAAAAAACCUUCCGCUUCAACAUCAUCAUCAUCGCAAUCAAAAUCACCGAUUAAAAGUGGUAGUCAACAAUAUAAAAGUAAAGAAUAUAUUAGCUCGGCUGGUUCUGAUUCCGAUGAUAGUGAGGAUUUGAAAUCAGAUGGUGGUGGUGGAAAAUCAUCGAAAAAAUCCAAAACAAAUGAAAAAUCUUCGAAAAAAUCAUCCAAAAAAGAAAGUAGUGACGAAGAAGAAGAAGAAGAGGAAGAAGAACUUUCAACACCAAGUGAAUCAUCAGAAUCAGAUUAACAAUUUUUCAUUUUGUCAUUUAUUUUAAUUUGUAACCGAAUUUUCAUUGUCAUCAA